AAAAGUAAAUCGUUCAUUUGAAAAUUCACUUAGCAGUUAUUCCCGAUGCAAACAUCACAGUUGCACGGCUAUGUGUAGAGUGUAGAAAUGAAAAAAUAAAAAAAAAUCCAGAAAUUUUGUCGUUUAAGGCGAUCAGUUAAAAAUAACUUGAAAAUUAGUUCAAUAAAUUCAGAAGAUUGUCUAAAAUCUUAAAAAAAUGGAAGAAAGUAAUAAACUGGAAGUAACCGAAGAAUUACGAAAUGAAACUGCUGAACAUCGAAAUGGCGGUGAUGGACAAGAUCUGGUUGAUUCCGUGGAAAAGGAAAACGUUCAAAAUGGAGGCGGCGAUAACGGGGAUCACCCCAGUGUAAAGGUUAAAUCAAAGAUCGGUGACUAUCAUGUGAACGCUCUGCCAUUCGUUCCGAAACGAGUCAGUUAUUGUGCGAAAGAUGAAACCACUACGGAUCCUGCCAAAGACUCAGUUUCAUCUCCAAUUUUAACUGUUCCUAAUGGUCUCACCAUCAAAUGCAAUCCUCGAAUUUGGCAGAGUAUAUCCGCACGUUCGUCUGAAACUGAAACAAGCAAUCUUGGUCAGCUGAAGCCAAAGUCUUUGUUCACACUAUCCGGGACCGAGUCGAAGACAAAUUUGCGGUCUACUAUCCGUCAAGCUUGCAGUACUCCAAAUGUACCUAGACUUGAUCGUGAUGAUGUGUCUCGCGAUAGAUGUCCGUCAUCUGUGAAAUUUGAUGUGAAGCAAAGUCGCAGUUAUUCCAAUUCUGUACUUGAUGAAGGUUCGACCGGCGAAUCCUCUCCUCAAUUCAACGAAAGGAAUGCGGUGGAAUCCCCAUCCCGAUUGUUAUCUGGACGACGUAAUAACAUCGACUUCUUGGAAUCACCCCGUUCCUUCGGUCCAAUCAUCUUGCCCAAUGCAACUAUUAAAGUUCGUCUACGCAACGGUAUCAGUGUUGAUAUGACGCUGGACAAAGCUGUAUGUGUUAUUGAUAGCCGGAGUCGGAUAACCAUUUCAUUGUCUUGUAAUGGGGCGUCGGCUGUUAUGAUUCAUCCUAAUGGUAAAAUUCAUCAGAUUGGGACUUGCGUUGAAAUUGUCGCCUAUGACGGAACCAAGAGAAAUAAUUACGUCCGCUACUCUAAGAUGUGGCAUAAAGGAAUCAGCUUUACAAGUGAGAGUAGCGCCCUUGUCUAUUUGGUCGAUUCAGCAGGAACACGUACGACAAGUGAUACAUUCGCUGAUAUGAGAACCGACUAUAGCAUUCCAGUGUUUUUAGCUGGUUCUAGACAUGGCUCUAUGUAUAUAAGAGAUGCUGUCUCAGUCAUCGGUCGUUCAACUUACUGGUGUGCCGAUGACGGAACAGAAGAGUUUCAUAUCAACGACUUCCGCAUUAUACAAACAGGUGAUGGCGUUGUCAAUGUGGUACGUUCAAGUUACCAGUGGCUGAUCCGAACAAGUUUUCGAAAUUGUUGUGCCACCUUAACCACUCCACAAAUUCACUGUACUGCUUCGCUAAGCGAGACUCCGCACUUGUUCGUGAGACGCCAAGAUAAACGGGUCCACUUCGACGGUUACUCAUUUGUUGUGCGCAACGCUAGUCAAUCAGCCGGCUUUGACGAAAAUAAUCUGUUGAAGGUCUACUGAUUCGGAAAGCGAAUCGGCAUUCGAAUUUUAUUUUCAAAAAAAAUUCCAUUUUAUUCUUCGUUAAUUUCUGUUAAUUUCGUUCGAUUCCACGUAGAGUUUAAGUUGAGUGCCACACUUUUGGAAUUUGCUCAUUUUUGAUUGUUCCUUCCUUUUUUCGCCAAUUUUAAAAUUAGUACAAUAAAAUUUGUAGUGCUGUUUGUUGAAUGGGGCGGUAUAUGCCCCGUCAGAAAAAAAUAACAUUAAUCCUCCUGAUGUAUGGAUCUAAAUAAAUAUUUUAAUUUUCCGUUUGAA